AUGGGGUUGGCGGUGGCCGAGUCGCUGUCUAGAUCGGGCUGGCGAGUCUCCAUCGUCGACUUGAACGAGAACGACGGCCAGGCCGCGGCACAGAAGGUCGGCGGCAUCUUCACCAAGGCCAAUGUCACGGUGUACGAAGAGCUGGCGCAUGCAUUCGGCAAGACGUGGAAGGAGUAUGGACGCAUUGAUUUUGUCUUCGCCAAUGCCGGCAUUGUCGAACGAGCCAGCUUCUACGCCAAACAGGAGGAGACGGCCGACGGACUGCCGCCAUCGCCCAACAUGCUGGCCAGCCGAGUCAUGUUCGACGGCGCGAUCGCCACCGUAUAUCUGGGAUUGCACUUUCUUCGCAAGAACAGCCCGGCGGGAGGCUCCAUCAUCAUCCUCGCCUCGUCGGCCGGCAUCUACCCGGCGCCCAACGGGCCGCUGUACACGGCUAGCAAGCACGGCAUGGUCGGGCUCACGCGCGCUCUGGCAUCCAGGCUGUGGGCCGAGAACAUCCACAUAAGCUGCAUCUGUCCCGGGGCGGUGGCGACGGGGCUGAUGCCGGCCGAGGCCUUCCAGCAGAUGAACCAGGACACCUUUACGCCCCUGGAAAAAAUCGCCAGUGUGGUCCAGUCGCUGCUGGAGCGGGAGGAAGUCACCAGCGGGGCGGCCGUCGAGGUGGUGGGCCAGAAGCAUUAUCUCCGAUGGAGGCCUGAGUUUUGUGAUGAGACGAUGGAGAAGUGUUGGGACAGCUUUGGGGGCACAUCGGCCAUCCGAGACGGAGGCCUGACCACGAAUUGGAAACAAUGA